UGCUUUCUUGGGGCGGUUUUUGCCCUCUCUUUUCUCCACGUGAGUAGUUUUCACGUACCACCAGUGGUGGUCGUAUGUUCAGGGCUUCUACUGCUGUCUUAUCCCCAUCACGAUGGCCGGCAUCCUCUUUGAGGAUAUUUUCGAUGUGAAAGAUAUUGAUCCGGAGGGCAAGAAGUUUGACCGAGUGUCUCGAUUGCAUUGUGAGAGUGAAUCUUUCAAGAUGGAUCUCAUCUUAGAUGUAAACAUCCAGAUUUACCCUGUAGACUUAGGUGACAAGUUUCGGUUGGUCAUAGCUAGUACCUUGUAUGAAGAUGGUACCCUGGAUGAUGGUGAAUACAACCCCACUGAUGACAGGCCUUCCAGGGCUGAUCAAUUUGAGUAUGUAAUGUAUGGGAAAGUGUACCGGAUUGAGGGAGAUGAAACUUCUACUGAAGCAGCAACACGCCUGUCUGCCUACGUUUCCUAUGGGGGCCUGCUCAUGAGGCUGCAGGGUGAUGCCAACAACCUGCAUGGAUUUGAAGUGGAUUCCAGAGUUUACCUGCUAAUGAAGAAACUGGCCUUCUGAACCUCGAGGAAAGCCAGCCUUGAUGCUCAGUCACUCAGAUUGUGGACAUUGGUCAAGCUUGAGUAACAAAUGCUGUUGUUCACCUGAUAAGGAGAAGCUGGCUCCCUUUCUCCUGAGGGUGCAUCUUUAGCUGAUCUGGACUCAGUGGGGAACUGACUUGCCUGUAAAAGACCCAGUGGAAGAGCUUAAAAUGAAUAAGAAGUUGUCAUAUGUAUGUGAUUUUUUGAUUAAACUUUACUUUUUCCGAUUGUCCC